AUGAAUAUUGACGAUUUUAUUGAGGCGACCGAUAGGGAUCUGGAGGUGGAUACAAGCACAAGAAGUGGUCCAGGGUCACUAACACCACCUGGGCUGAGCUCCCCCGGUAGAAGUGUCUCGGGAGGUUCUGGAAACCGCCGGAAUAACAUUCUGGAAGGAAAUAAGACACAUCUGCAACAGCGACAAUUUUCACCGCUGAACUUUAGCCAUCAGGAUCACCCAUUGAAGUCCAGUCUAAGGCCUUCGGUGAAUAUGGCAGCAGCGCCAAGGCGUUCAGCGACUUUGAACAAGCGUCGGUCACUGAUUCAGCCGAUAGUGGCGCCCAAGACACCCGACAACCAUGGAAUCAAGAGUGAGCCGUCAACUUUAGUCGCUGAUAGAGCACAUAGACAGAGAUCUGAUAGUGGAGCUUCUAUGAGAUCGACUCAAGCGGGUACUGAGCCGGAUAUUAGUACUCUUUUACAGAAUCUUGCGACUAAAGAGCUCGAGUUGUUGGAUGGGAAACAUAGGAUCGAAGAGUUGAAGAAGCAAUUGAAUGCAGAGGAUGCAUUGCAUCAGGAGAGACUAAGGGAGUUACAAGAGUUGAGAGAACAGGUGGGUACUCAUUUUCAGAGAAAUAACGUGAGUAACAUGUCACCAACCGGUGAGAAGCACAGAACAAAGCCCAAAGAGCCUGAGGAGCCUACAGUAUAUGUAGAGACAGCUUCGAAUCCCGCCGGUAGCAACGAGCCGCCGCAAGAUGAGAGACACUCACUAUGGAGCAAACCUUUAGCGAUACUAGGUCAAUUUGACCAAAUCAUACAGCAUGAAGUUGAACGAAGUUUACAUUGGGAUCAACCUGCAUCUCCGGCAGAGGAUGCCUUAAGGCAGGAAACCCCCGAUGAAGGCGGCGUAUCAAGAUCCAUAUGGAAUUUUGUAAACGAUGUGAAGAGUGGGCUAUUGGGAAUAGACGAAGAAGUAGAAAACGAGAGUCGACCUGUACCGAAGAAAGAUCGCACAGUGCGAUUAACAUCAGGGAUUAAACAAUUCAAAACUACGAAUAAGACAGAGGCGGACCGAGAGGCGAACCGAGAAGCCAAUAAGCUCAAGUUCAUUGGUGGUGGCAUGAGUGGAGACGAAGAUAAACAAGCCAGUCAAGGCGUGGAGAUGAAAGAGUUAUGA